AUUAGAAGGAAAAAUCAUUUAUGAGUGAAAUAGAAAUUUGAUAUCUCUUUAUUAGUUUCUGCAUCUCGAGGGGUUUUUGGGAUUCUCUGAUUCGAUCGAGUUCUAUUUGUCGUUGUGUACAACAUCUCGGGUGGAUCUUUGUUGAUGGCGAAACUGAGACACUCGCGAUUUCAAGCGAGGAAAUGGUCGACAUUGAUGCUGGUUCUGUUUAUGUUGUUUAUGUUAACGAUUGUUCUCUUAAUGCUUUUGGCUUUCGGAGUUUUCUCUCUUCCUAUUAACAACGAUGAAUCCUCUCCUAUCGAUCUCUCUUAUUUCCGACGAGCUGCCACUGAGAGAAGUGAAGGACUUGGGAAGAGAGGAGACCAGUGGACUGAAGUGCUUUCUUGGGAACCUAGAGCUUUUGUCUACCACAAUUUCUUGUCGAAGGAAGAAUGUGAAUAUUUAAUCAGUCUUGCAAAACCACAUAUGGUGAAGUCAACUGUUGUAGAUAGCGAAACCGGCAAGAGCAAAGAUAGCAGGGUGCGAACAAGCUCAGGGACUUUCCUUAGGAGAGGAAGGGACAAAAUCAUUAAGACCAUUGAGAAAAGAAUAGCAGAUUACACCUUUAUUCCUGCAGAUCAUGGUGAAGGACUUCAAGUUCUUCACUACGAAGCAGGGCAAAAGUAUGAACCACACUAUGAUUAUUUUGUUGAUGAGUUCAACACUAAAAAUGGAGGUCAACGGAUGGCUACAAUGCUUAUGUAUCUGUAAGAGUUUUCUAACUUUACUUGAUUUUAAAGGUUGCUAUGUUCAAGUAUCUACUAAUUUUGCCUUCAAAAUCCUUAUUCUACAGGUCGGAUGUUGAGGAAGGCGGUGAAACAGUGUUUCCUGCUGCCAAUAUGAAUUUUAGUUCUGUACCAUGGUAUAAUGAGCUCUCUGAGUGUGGGAAAAAGGGACUUUCCGUAAAGCCGAGAAUGGGUGAUGCAUUGCUUUUCUGGAGCAUGAGGCCUGAUGCUACACUAGAUCCUACAAGUUUGCAUGGUGGAUGUCCUGUGAUUAGAGGGAACAAGUGGUCAUCUACCAAAUGGAUGCAUGUUGGCGAGUACAAAAUCUAGCGUGUUUGGUUUCUGGACAGUAAACUGUUUCCUUUCAUGGUGGAUGGGAUGCAAAGUUGGAACUAGAAAUUACAGAGAGUUGAUGUUUGUUUUUUCCCUGCGGCUCGGUGCAUUCCUUGCUUUGAUGGGAUUCAAGGUUUAUCAUUAGAGAAUACCAAAAGAUAGAGAUUUUGUUAGAGUAAAUUAGGAUGGCUUAGAGUGACUCUUACUCAUUGGUAUACCCAUAAAGGUCUUGUGUCUUUGAACAAGAGUUGUGAAUUACAUAGUUUUGUGGUAUUCUUUUGUUUUGUUUGUGAUUAGAAACAUAAUCAAAUUAAAAAUUGUUAUCAUACCAUGAAAGCUGAAUUGUUAUAUAUAUUUACCCAAAUUAUCCAAUGGACUGAUCCUUAGUUUGGGUUGUGUGACACAACUUGCGU